CUGACGAAGCGUCGUCCUCGGCGCGCUCCUCGGCAAGGCCAGUUGACAGUGAAGCAACUGCAGCCGGAGGACCGCUCAAGCAGCCGAAGCAGCCGGAGGUCUGCCGAAGCAGCUGGAGGACUGUCGAAGCAGUCGGAAGACUGCCAAAGCAGCCAGAGGACUGCCAAAGCAGCCGGAGGACUGCCAAAGCAGCGGAGGACUGCCAAAGCAGCUGAAGGGUCGCAACUGAAGCUGAGGGGUCGCGACUGA